AUGGCCGUUUCAAUUGAAGAAGUGUCUGCAUCCCUUGUACGGGAAUAUCUGAGUCGAAAGGGACUCAAGAGAACGAUCGCCUGCAUGGAUGAGGAGCAUCCUUGCACAGUUUCCAGUAUCAACAACAGAUCACACUUGAGACAGGUUCUCCACAUAGAGGAUCUCUAUAGAAAGAAUAAAGUGCAGAAUUCCCCUCUGAAAACAUUACUGGAGAUUAUUGUAAAGCAUCACGUUGAGGGCCUUAAAGAUGACAACAUGAGCUGCAAUGAAAGUGAUUCCCCACAGCCUGCCUUAACUGUCACCUCGACUGUUAAUUCACCUGUAAUAAAUCCAUCGGAGAUGAAAGACUCAAUGACAGAGCAUGGCACAGCAGCCUUUGUUACUAGCAAUCCCACCAAAUUAAGGUCACAUAUCAAGGGACCCCGCCCUUGUCAACCCACAGGUACAUUAGUAUUUCCUGAAUCAAACAGACUGUCCACCCAUACUAAGAAGGGUCUCUGGAUUUGUGACUCAGCUGACCAAAAAGGCCAGUUGCUGAUGGCUUCACCUCAGGACAAUGACAGCUUAAUCAGGAGAGAACCAGGAAAAAAGACUUCCACGACUGAGAGCAUCCAAAGGAGCAGAAACAGUCGAAUUACUCGUGGAAUGAUGGCUGGACCAAUAGCUAGCACACCCCAGGAGUCAAACAAAAGAAGGCAGAGUCGAAGGGUAGAAGUGCCUCAGCCAUUGCUCAGAAAAGAAGAAGAAGAAGAAAACAGGCAGUCAAAGGAUGGACUUUUAGUGACUGGUUUACAUCAACAAAGCUUAGAAAGCUGCCUAGACCACGUAGCAGUGAGACGGGAGUCACGGAGCACACCACAGAGAGUGCAAAGUGAAAACAGCUUUGAAGAAGUGGGACAAGACAUACUGAAGACAAGAAAGUUAAACAGUGUUAGUCCACUAAAUUUAGCUGAUUUGGAUGUGUCAGAGAUGGUGUUAGAUGACAUAGAUGAUGAGGAUGACUUGCGAGAACUCUCCAAAGUGUCCUUUCAGAGAACCAUCGCAGAACAGAGUUAUGCAGGCCGCCCGAUGGACCAACACACUGCCAUGGAAUUGAAAGCGGUUCUUCUCGGUUCUUGCUUAAAUUGUUUCAGUGUUGAGUGGAGGAAUCAGGAUUUCACAUUCUCAAACACGCAUGACUUGAGAUAUGGAAUUGUGCAGAAAAAGGGUGGUCCUUGCGGAGUUUUGGCAUCCGUCCAAGCUUUUGUUCUAAAGAAACUGCUGUUUGAAAACACUGAAAGCAGUAAUACAGGCCUUCAGAGGUUAAGACCUUCAAACACCACCAGGAGAAAGUGUCUUGUUUUAGCCACAGCUGAAAUCCUUUGGAGGGCUGGGGAGGAAAAAAAGGCCACAAUUGCAAUAAGUUCAGGAAGAAAUCAUUUCACCCCAACUGGACGCUACAAGUCUGAAGGAGUGUUUGAAAAGAUAACAUGUUUCACUGUGGAUAACAUGAAGGACCUGCAGCUGCUUCUGGAGCAGCAUAUUGAGCAGUUUGAGACUGGGGUGUUGGGAUGCCUACUGCUGACCAUAUCUGCUGUUCUCUCUCGAUCUGUUGAAAAAGUCAGAGAGGAUAUGGACGUUCCCACCACCACACUCAUCGGAGCCCAUGGCUACUGCACUCAGGAGCUGGUCAACCUGUUGCUCUGUGGCCAAGCUGUUUCUAACGUCUUUGACGAUGACAUGGAGUUGGAUUCAGGCAAUGGCAACAUAACCCUCCUCAAGGGAAUUAAAGGUCACUCUGACAUUGGCCUGCUGUCCUUGUUUGAACAUUAUAACAUCUGUAAGGUAGGAGCUUAUUUGAAGACUCCCCUUUACCCCAUUUGGGUGGUGUGCAGUGAAAGCCACUUCAGCGUGUUGUUUGGCCUGCAGAGGGAGCUGUUGACUAAUCAGGACAAGGGUCUGGAGUUUGACCUCUACUAUUAUGAUGGACUGGCCAAUCAGCAGGAGGAGAUCCGCCUCACUGUCUCUGUUGGCAAACCGGCGCUGAGCUGUCAAGAUGUGGAAACUGACCUCAUUCCUCCUGUAGAGCACUGCAUCCGGACAAGGUGGACAGAUGCAUUUGUGGAUUGGAAUGACACAGAGCCUAUUCUCUGAAUAGUGGCAUUGUUUCAUGAUCACCAACAUAUGAAUGUCACAUUUGUGUUUUUUUCAUUUCUUAUAUUUAUCCAAAUAUUUCAGCAUUAUUAUUGAGACACAGUAUUGGACGAGGUUAAUUUGUUCUGCCAUUAUUUUACAUGACCUGACCAUAUAUCUUUAUCACUUUGUUUAAAAUAUGGACAGCUGCAAACUGGAAUAUGGCAUAUCAUAUCAACCAUAAAGCUUAAUCUAUCACAUAAAAAAUGAUAUGGUUUAGCUAUAAACAAAAGGUAACUCUGAAAAUGUAUAUGAACAUGAACAGGCUUGAAUAAAAACGUUUAAAUAUGAUGCUGGUGAAAUGCAACUUGGUGUAUUGACCACAGUGGCUUCCUCCUCCUUACCUGUACUUUCUACAUAUAGAUAUCACAGAUUGUUGUCCAAACGUGCAUCCUGAAAUAUUUUCACAUCAUGUCUUAACAGAUUUUUACAUGUUGCCUAUAAUCUUGUUUACUGUUACAUUUUUAAAUGGCCAUAAAUCAGAUAGCUGACAACUACAUGUGCACUCUUAAAAUGAGUUAAUUUGUUAAAUUGUACAGUAUUGUUUUCUUUGCUCUACAUGUAAUUCAGAUACAUUGUGGUGAGAUUGGAUUGAAUGCAUUUUGACUGGUGUGUGUUUGUGUGCAUCAGAGACAGACAAUGAUGAUAAAGGGCCUAGAAACUAUCUGUGACACUCAACAGAUAUACUUUGCUUAAAAUUGCCUUGAUCAAUUUUCACUUUUGACAGACCUUUCAUCUGGAACAGAUAAUAAAAUAAUG